AUGGGAACUCGCAGAUCAGACAGAUCGGUAAAUAGCUCCCCCGCGACAUCCUUCGCCCUAUUGUCCGUGAACGCAUGCGAGCAUCUCGUCGGAUACUCUACGUCCCAACCCUCCCUCUUUAAACGGCAGCAACUGUUACCAAUUCGUGAUCUUAAAUUGCUUGCAAGGGACUAUGCUCCCAUCGCGAAGAAUGCGCUCACCAUGUUGGUUAAUCUUUCAGGGGACGAAGAGGUUUUGAAGUUAUUAACUGAGGAUGAUGUCUUUUUGGAGACAUUGUUGGUAAAAGUAACCCAACAGAACGUGAAGGAGCCAAAUGCGAGUGAGAUUACGAUGCUUCUUGCCAACAUGGCUAAGUCCGAUAGCAUGAAGCGAAUAAUUAGCCUAACCCGAGCCGUGCCAUCCGGAGCCUCCAAGUCUUCGAAGGCGAUGGAUCAGUUAAUGGACUGCUUCGUCAAGGGCAAUGAAGGUGGACUCAACAAGUCAAAUGAUACAAACUACGAUUACCUCGCCUAUUUCUUCGCAGAUAUUUCAAAGCACGAAGAAGGCCGUGCGUACUUUAUCACGGAGCAGGAAUACGACUCAGUCAUUCCGAUUACAAAGCUCACCGUUUUCACAGAGCACCGUAGUCACAUCCGAAGAAAAGGCGUGGCCUCAACUCUUAAAAACAUUGCAUUUGAGAUUUCUGCACACCCGAGCUUGUUGUCAGAGUCGCAGAUUAAUAUCCUACCGUAUGUUCUGCUACCUAUUGCGGGACCGGAAGAAUUCGAUGAUGAAGAAAGUGCGGCAAUGCUCCCGGAUCUUCAGCUUCUGCCCCCAGACAAGGAGCGAGAUAGCGAUCCUGAAAUCAUCACCACACACUUGGAAACGCUAUUACUGCUGACAACCACCAAAGAAGGAAGAAAAAUAAUGAGAGAUGUUCAGGUGUAUCCCUUGAUCCGGGAAUGCCAUUCCCAUAUCGAUGACCCAAAGGUGAUGGAAGGGUGUGAUCGAUUGGUGCAAGUCCUUAUGCGCGGCGAGGAAGGCGACGAAGAUAAGGACGCAGAGGCGAUGGAGAGAGCAAAGGCAAAAGCUUUAGAGGAGGCGCCUCGGGAAGACGACGAAGACAAAAUUGUUGAAAUUUUUUGA